AUGGCUGAGCCUGCCCUUCUCCUCGCGGCCCAGAUGGAGCGGCUGGCGCGGGCACCCCGGGCCUCACCGUGUCCCCGGAUCCCGAGGGCCCGCGUCGCCCGGGGGCACUGUGCCCAGUGCUGGGCCGACCUGGGCUGCAGCUCUGGCCCCUCCUCAGGCCGAAUGAAUCAGCUUCCCCAGAAGAGUCCCCUGCGACCACGCCCUGCUGGCUGCUCCCUGCUGUCCUCUGCCGAGAGCUUGUCCAUGGAUGGCUUUUGGAUGGAGGUGGAGCGGAUCCAACAGAGGGAUGAGCUGAGAGAGGAGGACAGUGGUGACAGCCAGCUCCCAGAGGGGGAAGCUGAAUCCCAGUGGCUGCAGGACACAGGCCUGUUGGGUCUCCUUGGUGGCCUGGGCUUGGCCAGUGAUCACCGGGAGCUCCUUUCCACCCUGACACAAACGCAGGUGGCCGCUGUGUGCCGCCGGCUGGACAUCUAUACCCGCUCAGCCCAAAGACGACACAAGGCACCUAUCAGAGAUGUCAGGGACAUCUUUGGGGUCUUUAAUUCAGGGGUAAUGUCUUCAGAGAGUGGGGACUCAGGUGUGAGAUGGACCCAGCUCAGUUGCGGGGCUUCCAAGUCUCCUCCAGCAGCAGAGCCUGGGAGGCCACAGGAGCAGGCUGGCCAGGAAGAAGCCUUCAACAUGGACUCUGCCUACUCGGAACAAGCUGCAGCGCUCCUGCAGAGGGCCAGGCCAUCCUUGGGAGGCACCUGUGCCUGGGGCAAGGGUUCCCUGCCGACGUUCCGAAUCCACAAAGGCAGACUUGGCGUGACGAGGAUAGGAGACUUAUCCCCGCAGGAUAUGAAGAAGGUCCCUCCUCUGGCCCUCAUAGAGCUGACCGCGCUCUGUGACGUCCUCGGCGUGGACCUGAGGAGGAGCAAGGCGGGCAAGUGGAAAGCGGCGGAAACUCGUCUCUUCGGCGUGCCCCUCGACAGCCUGCUAGAAGCUGACCACAAAGUCCGCCCCAGUGCACAGGUCCCGCUGCUCCUUCAAGCCCUGCUGUCCUGUUUGGAAAAGAGAGGGCUGGACACGGAAGGCAUCCUCAGGGUGCCUGGAUCCCAGGCCCGGGUCAAGGGGCUGGAACAAAAGCUGGAGAGAGACUUCUACAUUGGCCUUUUUAGCUGGGACGAGGUUCAUCACAACGAUGCGUCCGAUUUGCUCAAAAGGUUCAUCCGGAAGCUGCCAGCACCUCUGCUCACCGCCGAGUACCUCCCGGCCUUCGCCGUGGUGCCCAACAUCCCCGACCUGAAGCAGCGUCUGCAGGCCCUGCACCUGCUCAUCCUCCUCCUCCCGGAACCCAACAGGAACGCCUUGAAGGCACUCCUGGAAUUCCUCAGGAAGGUGGUGGCCCGGGAACAGCGCAACAAGAUGACCCUGUGGAACGUUUCCACUGUGAUGGCCCCUAAUCUCUUCCUGCACCAAGGGCGGCCCCCCAAGCUCCCCAAGGGCCAGGAGAAGCGGCUGGCAGAGGGGGCGGCCGAGGUGGUGCAGCUGAUGGUGCACUACCAGGACCUGCUGUGGACGGUCGCCUCUUUCUUGGUGGCGCAGGUGCGAAAACUGAACGACAGCAGCAGCCGGCGCCCCCAGCUCUGCGACGGGGGCCUCAAGACUUGGCUGCGGAGGAUACACGCAGACAGGGACAAGGCAGGGGACGGCCCGGAGGCGACUCUCAAGGUGGCGAAGAUCCAGGUGGCCUGGCCUACCAGUGAUGCCCUGAAGGUGCCUCUGACCCCCAGCACCAGAGUGGCCCACGUCCUGAGGCAGUUCACAGAAUGCUGCAGCCUUGGUUUGAAGGGUCAAGAGGGCGGUGAGGACGCAGACAGCCUCCUCCCCCGCCACAGGUCCAUGGAGUUGGCCAACAUCCUCCUCUGUGAAGUUGGAGGAAAUAUAAGUGAGCACUGCCUGGACCCAGAUGCCUACCUCUUAGAUCUGUACCGUGCCAACCCCCAUGGUGAGUGGGUCAUUAAACAGAGGCCCACCUAA